GCUCGGCGGGGCGGCGCGGGCCCGUGCCUUCGGCUGCUGAGCGCCCCGCGGGCGGCGCGGAGCGGGGACGGCCCCAGCCCGGAGCCGGGGGCAGGAGAUACCAGUGAAAUAUCUGCUGCCCACCACUUUCUUCAUUUAACUUCCCCUUGGGGUCAGCUGGUUGUCAGCAUGCCUUCAACCAAGAACGCCUCAAAACUUUUCCUAGUCCUCGUGUCACUGCUGCUGGUGCUGCCAGCAGUUGAAGCCCUGGAUGCAGGAGAUACCAUUGCCUUCCUCCUAGGCCUCGCUGUCAGUGUCGUCGGAUUCUGUGCCUGCCUUGGCUUGUAUGCAAGGCGAAGGAAUGGACAGCAGUGACUUCAAGAAAAUGCUCAGAUGAAGUGAAUUUCCAAACACAGCUUGGGGUUGGGUGUAAGACUGAGCUUUGAUUCUGGAUGACUUUCAAAAACUAUGUAUUAGAUAUUUCUGCAAACCCCUCUUACAGUACAACUCUUACCCUUCAGUACAACAGUCAGACUACACAGUAAAAGGGAUUUGUACAAUUUGGCCUCAUUACAAAAAGAUAAUUUUAUAUUGUUUGUGAUUAAAUAUUGCCUUAGAGAAGGGUAAAAACUUUUAAUAGAGAGGUAAAACUAUAGAGUGGCUCACAGUAAAAGUGUAUAAAUUUAGCAUGUGAGGGAGGCCAUCAACAAGUUCCGUAAUUUUGGUUUCAAUGUUUAUUCAGGAGGAAGCAGCUAUUAAUCUUCCAGUCAAGGUCACAAGAAUUUUGAAAUUAGUCCUAACUAGAUAGCUAGUGAGCAGACUGCUCUAGCUUGUGUGCUUGCAUUCAUGUUCUCUUUCUCUGUAAUGACAGUUAACACCUAACAGCUCACUUCUGCUGUCACAUGGAUGAGACUUAAGAGAACUAAGGAAAAAAUGAAAGCCUUUUUUUUUCUUCUAGAAUUUUUUUUGUUUGUUUUUUGUUUUAGAAUAUGCCACUCCUGUGUUGCUAUUACCAAGUAGAUACACCUUAGAAUGAGAUCACUGUUUUUACUUAAAAUGUAUUUGACAGAAAAGUACAUGUAAGGCUAUGUAAAUCAGAUUAGGGAUAUGGGCUUUGUCUCUUGUUUAUUUUUUGUACUCAUGUUUUUUCUAGGCACACCAGGUUUAAGGCUUAGUUCAUUUGGUGGUUGUACUUUCUUUCUCCAAAACUGAAGACCUAACUAUUUUGAUGAGAAAUUCUGUGUGUUUCUGCAUUAGAAGGUUAUUAGAAUUAUACCCAGAUCAUUGAGUAUAUGUUUCUUUUACAGUGUAGAAAGAACCUGUUAAAAUCCUGGGUUUAGUCAAUUAGUCCAUUGUUCUUGAGUGCAUUCCUCGUAACAAACCUAUGUUGUUAGCUAAACAUUUAGGCUUCUGUAACUGAUGCAUAUGACUUCCACAGAAGAUUAGGACCAAAACCAAAGUGAAAAAUCCUGGUGCAAAAUGGGAGAUGUAGUCUUACUCUAUUCAUGCUCAGUCAGAUUGCAAGCCAGGUAUAUGGUUGAAAGACAGUGUGUCUAGGACCUGUUUCUUUAGGUACCAAAGGUGAAAUGGCACAGCCAAGAAUGUCUACCACAAGUCUCUCUGACUUGUUAGGAUGUUUUAGCUUGAGCCAAGAAGCACAGUCUUUAACAGCAGCAGAAUAAGGAUCAUAGGAAGAUGAGCUCUCCACAGUUCACAGAAUUUCCUUCUGAUCUUGUGCUGUAGACACUGCCACUCUUAGAUAGAAAUCUUGGCUUUUACCUUUCAGAGUUAUGUAUUUUGACACUAUUCUUCCACUUCCUCUGUGUCUGUUCAGUAGAGCACAAAGCAAUGGCUAUGGGCAAGUCUUAUGUAAGUAAUUGGGUGGGCAGAUCAUGUUCUCCAAAUCCUGAUUUCUGCAUGCCAUUUUUGGGAGAAGUGGACACAAUGCACAAUUACUAUGUGCAAAUGAAAUUUACAGCCCUAAGAGGAGCUUCAGACAGAAAUAUCACCUUUGAAAGCUGCCUAGCAGCAGUAGAUGAUCCUGUACACAAUAAUUCAACUAGAUGAGUGCAAGCAUGGAUUGAAGUGUGAUCUUUGAUCUUCUAGCUUAGCUAAAGAAAAACAAAACAAAAAAAUUGCUACUCAAUUUUAUAGUUCCCGAAGUUUAAAAAAAAAAAAAAGCCAUUUUUUCAGUAAAAUAUUGCUCUUUCAAUAGAAUACAUUUUAACACAAGCAGAUUUUCACAGACCCCUUUAUCUGUGCCUUGGAAAAAAUCUGUGGCAAUAUUUUCACAAAAUUGGGCAACAGUUUCACUGCAGGAGAGCAAAAUUUUAACAGAGUUAAUUAUCUUCAGGCAAUAGGGACAUGAGAAACUAUUAUUUGCCCAAAGCUGUAUGUACUUCAUUGAAAGGUGUUUGCAUAGUAUAAUGGCUUUGUUUCCUGGGUUCUGAUAGAAGCUUUAUUGUUUAAUUGUUUACUUUAAUUGUUUACUUGCAUUUGUAAAUUACUUGAGUGUAAAAUCAGAUAUCCCUGUUCUUCCUGUCUUAAUAAACUUUGACAUUUGAUUUGUCAUCA